GAGAACGACAGGUACCAUUGGUACCCUUGAAAUUCUCGAUUACAUACACGGAGGGCCAACCUUAUUACGCCAGGGACAACAGAUUCAUGGAGGUUUAGGUUUUGAGCGUAAAGUUGCAAUUGGUGUUCAAUCCUGGUUUCUGAUCUCCCAUCAUCUGUUGUCUUGAGGCCGUCAGUGUGUCAUGCGUGCAUUGCUUGUGGUGCAAAUUGACGAAAAACGAGGAAGUGAAUGCCGAACUUGAACUUACUUCUUGGUGAUCUCAAGCUUACCAUCAGAUGUGAGUGAUCUCGGAAUUGAACCAGAAGUGAUUUAAAACUGUUGUGUGGUUUUCAGUGGUACAUUAAGGAACAAGAUAAGAGGGCAAAUUGCAUUGUACAUUCAAACGGAAACUUCGAGGCUCAGGCAUUACCAAAGGCUUAUUUAUUCAUCAAAUUACCCUGAAGCCAGAGCUCUAGUGAUUCAAGCAUGAAGGGCUUGUCGUGGAGGGUGUUAGGCAUCUUUGCUGUAGUUAAAAUCGGUUUCGCCUCUAAAGAACCACAACCCUCCUCUCAAGAAAGAGGCAAUGUCCAAGCCCAGGAGCGAUUAUUCAAAGAUUUUGACCCUUUCUACCUUGAUCCGUUUGAGCUCGAUAACACUUACGACGGUCAUGAUCAGAAGAUACUUGGAUUUGAUGCCGAGCCCCAUUAUCUUCCUUCUGCUUACCAUAAUGGUCAUCAUUGGGUUCAACCUCGCCCUCCAAAUGUCCUUGAUGCCACUUACGAUCCUGGUCAUCCACUUUUGGAAUCCCGGAUUCCUCACUCUCUGCUAGACGGCUAUGACUUGCACAAAUACGUGGCUCAUCACCAAUCCCAAUCUCAUGGGCAUGGGCAUGGAGGUCAUCAUCGGGCAGGUGUAGGGGAACGUCGAUUCCAAAGCAAUGCAGGAUCCAGGCAAGUCAAUCCAUUGGAUGCAACUGUCCGAAGACCACGGCAAAGUUACCCAACACACAACAACCAAGGUUACCAGGUGGUCAAUCAGGUUCCAAACUAUGCCCAACAAACCUUUCUACAACAACAACAAGCCUAUGAGAUUCGAAAGCAGCAACAAAUCCAAGUGUUGCUGAAUAUGUUAAAGCAGGAACAAGACAGAAAGAAGGCAUUGGCCUUGAAGGAACAGAAUAUGGCGAAAUCCAGAGUGCAAAGACAAUCUCAGGGUCCUCAAUGUGAGGACAAAUAUGCUCAACUGGUUGGCGACAUCUUUCUUGGCAAUGAGAUUGUCCCACAAAUCUUUGAUGCUCCACCAGAUCAUCUGCUUGAAUUGACAUAUAGAACUGUUCGAACAUAUCCUGGCAUGAGUUUAUCGGCGGGAGUUACUCGCUUCAACCCAACCAUGCGGUGGGAUGCGGAGAAAAAUGCUUAUUACUCAAUUGUGUUAUCCAACUUGGAUAUCAAUAACAGAAAGAAUAGGUCACUUUCUGAGUUUUGGCAUUGGUUUGUUGGAAACAUCAAAGAGGAUGAUAUUGAAUCUGGCGAGGUCAUUUUAGAUCUCAUUCAUCCCUUAGUUUUGCCAGAUGGUGAUGGACAGCAUAGAUUUGGUUAUUUCGUGUUCAAGCAACCUGGAAAACUUGAUUUUUCCAACGAAGGAGGCCCUACAGAUAAUUGCAGCCCAACUAUGUCAGCUGGUCGAGGCCCUUUGAGAUCUUCCCGUGAUUUCAUGAAAAAAUAUGGAAUGAAGCUGACCGCCGGUACUUUCCUCAUAAUUGACCAUGAUGAAGUGAGUGAUGAAAUUGGAUGCGAGUGGCAAAAGUGCAUGCAAGGCCAGGUGUUCAUCAAAGACCUCCAUUGCAAAUCGGAGGCCAAGCGGAAGCCUUCAAAGUUUCGGAAAAGAGAACAUACCAAGAACAAGAGGCCGACAUGGAACACUCCAUUUUGGGGGCUUUGAUAUUUUUUGAUUACAAAUCUUGCACAAUUUUACAUGUUGAAUGUCAAUAAAAUGUUUAUGUACCUUU